UGUUGGGAGGUGCAGUCGGCAGGUUGGAAGAUGGCGGUGCUGUUGCUGCUCAUGUCGAGGAGCCGCUCAGUGUCUCUGUGUCGAUUGAGGGUGACAGGUCUGUGUACAGCUGUACGGCCUUUCUCCGGUCUCAGCGUUCACUGCCCCACGUUUCAGCUGUCCGACGCCCAGCGGCUGAAUGGCCCUGGAGUGCCCUGGGUUGUCGUUAGUCGCCGAAGCCCACAGAUUUACUUUGCACUCGGGCAACCUAUUUGCCACUUUUGCUCAGAUGGCAACAAUUUGGAAGGACGGUUGAUUUACAGUGGAAACUUGGCCAGAGUAGUACAUGGGGUGAAAUUCUUCUCCUACUCCACCAGCAUUUUCAGUUUGUGUAUGAUGCCUUAUGUUCUCCUCCAUUCUGGUCUUGCAGUUCAGAGUCCUGCGUUACAAAUGGCUUUCUGCAGCAUAAUGGGAUUCUUUACUUUUUUAAGUCCGAUGGUAUUGCACCUCCUCACCAAAGGUUAUGUGAUCCACCUAUAUCAUGACGCAAAAACUGACACUUACACAGCUAUCACUUACAGUGUUCUCCUCCGGCAGAAGAAAACGGUUUUCCAUCAAAAGGACGUGAAAGUUCCAGGAGUCAGCAAAAUGUUCACCACGUUUUAUGCAAACAAAAUGUCAUUGCUAGUAAAUCCAGUUCUUUUCUGGCAUCCAAAUGACUACAGUCACCUAAUGGGUUACGAUCAGCCCUUCUCCUUUAAUUUGGAUGAACUAAAAAAGUAAUGAUGUAAAGGAAAUUAACUUUGGCAAGACGAUAUCACUUUACAGCUGUUUCCUCCAUCAUUACAGUCGACAGCUAUGUGCAAGUUUUAAUUUUAUACACUUAGAUUGAACAUGAAUUCUGUUUAAAACAAGGAAAACGUGCUGCAGAUACAGGAAGUUGAAAUAAAAAAAAAACAUUUUGUGAUCCCUCAGUAGAUCACGCAGCAUCUAUUCUUUAUUAAUGUUAAAUUGACAUUUCAAGUUUAUGUCUCUUCAUCAAGAUCCUUGCUGAGGACAGAUCUGUCUGGGUAUUGUGUACAUCACGAUUUGAUUCUGGUGUUAUUUCUGUUAUGUACUGUUACAAUAUGCAUUAUUUACAAUAGUUCUAGGUUUUGUUUCUUGUAUAACCUCCACACAUUUUACACUGUCUAAUAAGAAGUGUUUUUGAUUAUAAGAACUGACUUGUGCUUUCUGUUUAAUUUUCAUGUUCUCCUGUUAAACAAGAAAUAGCUGUGAUCGAGACGAUAAUUAUUGCAAUUGCCCCCUGGCCUCUACCAUUAUUGCUUUGAACUACUUGCUGGAGAGUCGUGGAGCUGUUUUGUUUUAAAGAAACGGUUUCUUCCUAAUGCACAGAAUAUUUGGCUGAGUAGAGUACAGAAUUAAAACAAAGCAUAGGUUGCUAGUGACUGAGAUUUAAGCAUCUGACUUUUAUUAAAAGUUUAUUAUUUGAUAGGAGCUGUCCCUUUCUGCUGAUGACCCUCGAUCUUCUAUCCCUUACUUUUGUGAGGAAUGCCUGUUUGAUCACAGGAAGGUAAUGACAGAGGAUCAGGUCGUUUUUACUGCUGCCAUGCCACAUCAUUUUAGUAACUUCACUUUUCCUCCUUGGAGAAUUUUUCACAGGUGAGAGCUUCACAUUUGUGACCAAAAUACCAUUCUGAUUUGCUGAUCAAUGAGACACUGGGAAAUUACUGCUUGGUGCAUCAAAAAAAACUAGACAAAAGCAAAAUACUGUGUUAGAAAUCUGAAAUGAGAACAAAAAUGCUGGAAAAGCUCAAAAGACAGCAUCUGUGGACUGAAACAGAAAAUUGUUUAAGAUAGUUCCCUCUGUUCUGAUGAGAAGAAACAUUUGUUUACUUUUGAAAACUGGUGAUGUUCUAUUUUUAUUUCUAAAAUAUUGUGUUCAUUCAGUUUCAUUUUCUAUAAAAUAUUGGCAUGACUGAUGUAAGAACUGUAUAGAUGAAGAAGACAAUAGCAUCUGGUUCUAUUGCACAGGAAUUCUCUUCAAUUAUAUUUUCUAAAGAUUAUUAAAAAGUGAGAGUGGCGAAUCGGCUUUCUUUUUUCUUAAUUCUGCUGAGAAAUAUGUACGGGCCAUUUCUAGUUUCAAUUUGUGAAAAUCAACAGAUAUUUGACGUUAAGGCAAUUUGCUCUGGUGUCAGCAAAUUGGAGACUUCUCACGCUUGUAAUAAAAGCUGAUAAUGCAAUGAUGUCAAAAUAAAACCAGUUUCAUUAUUGGGUAACAGAAUUACUUGCAUUAAUACAGGACGAGUCACAACACUUGAUAUUACAAAGUGCUUUACAGUCAAUUAGGUUGUUAUGAAACAUAGUCAGUAUUGUAAAGUACAGAAUUUUGGCAGCCAGUUUGAACACAACAAGCUCCCACAAACAAAUAUGAUGACCAUAUUUUUAAAAACUAAUUUGCGUAUAAAAUUGCAGCUUAAUUCUGUUUCAUUGCAUUAGAAUUCUAGAUUUUCUCAUUUAAAAAUAAAAUGCAUGAAUGUUUGAAAAGUAACCUGAAUAUGGAUUGUCAUUGUAUGGAGAGCAGGUUUUACAUGAGUUUCCUCUGGAAUGUUAUAUGUGGUCCAGAACCUAUUCUAAAUGUUGCAAUUAAUUAAAAAUGACUUAACCAGAUGGUGCAUUUGCUAACCAAAUAAUCUUCCACUGUGUUCUAAUUUUAGUGGAAUAGAAUGAAGGAAUUGGAAAUGACUGAUUUAUUAUAAGGAGUAACAAUAGUUGGCAGCAUUAAUACUUAAAAUCCUUUUAGAACUUCUUUAAUAUUCCCCUUCUUUCAUUCGCUGAUUCUCCAAGUUUUUGUGGAGUCAAGGACAUGUAGCUUCUCAUGACACCAGGCUAGUUACAGUGGUUAAAAUGGAUUUAUGAUUGUUUUAUAUCUUCCAUCCAAAUGGGGAAAGUGCAUGGCUUUCUGCAUUGUAACUCAGCUUUGUACUUUUAUUUCUGACUUUCUUGGCAUUUUUAAAGAAAUACAUUUUCAGUGUAAGUAACCACUAGCUUUGGGCCAGGGAUAUUUUAAGUUGUUUCUUUAAUUUGUGAACAUUUGCUGGAGAAUUGAAGGAAGCACAUUUGUUAUGUUCUGUUGAUGUAUCAUGAGCAGAAUAAUUAGUUUCUGUGUUGGGGUGCAGAUGUAGGCUGUCUGGAACUUCCAAUUGCCAUUUCUGUAUUGAAAACUUCAUGUAGGAUUAUUAUUACAAAAUCCUCAUGUUAUUGGUUAUAUUUAUCAAAUCCCAGCAUCCUUGACCCUAAACACAGCUGCCUUUGUUGAGUAAUAUUUCCAAAUAAACCUGUAUAAAAUUUAA